AAAGCAAAGUAACAAAAUUCACCAUAUCAAAAGAGUAUUCAGCCGCCAAAUUUUCUCCUCUUGUUCUCUUCUCUUCUUGUAAACCCUCGAGUCAAACCAGCAGAACAGUGGGCGUCCAAUCACUUAUAUAACUUCAUUUCCGGACAAAACUAAGAACGGCUCAUGUUUUGAUAACUGCAGUCGUUGAAAUUCGAAACUGAACUGCUCAGGUUCAAUAUAAGCGAAUUCUCGACCGUAUUUACCUCCCAAAUGGACACUGUUUUGAAUUCUUCGAGGUUAUUUCAAUUCAACAAGAUACCCACUACCCUUAUCUUUCCCCCUCAUCCUUGUAAGAUUUCAGUCUUUCAAUCCAAGCGGGUUGUUCCAAUGGCUUCCCUUACAGCUUCCUCUGCUGUAGGACUGUCUGAAACAUUCAGCAAAUUGAAGGAACAAGGCAAGGUUGCAUUUAUUCCCUACAUCACUGCUGGUGAUCCUGAUCUUUCCACCACGGCUGAAGCACUGAAGGUGCUUUCCACUUCUGGAUCAGAUAUAAUCGAACUAGGUGUUCCUUAUUCGGAUCCCUUGGCAGAUGGUCCCGUUAUACAGGCUGCAGCGACUCGGUCCUUGGCUAGGGGUACAAACUUUAGUGCAAUCAUUUCUAUGCUGAAGGAGGUUAUUCCUGAACUGUCUUGCCCAAUUGCCCUUUUUUCAUACUAUAACCCAAUUCUUAAGCGUGGCAUUGGAAACUUCAUGUUGACAAUCAAAGAUGCUGGUGUACAAGGUCUUGUUGUUCCGGAUGUUCCUCUUGAGGAGACUGAAAUUUUGAGAAAGGAAGCUGUAAAGCACAAUAUUGAGCUGGUGCUCUUAACUACACCAACCACACCAAGAGAUAGGAUGAAAGCCAUCGUUGAAGCUUCAGAGGGAUUUGUAUAUCUUGUGAGCUCUGUUGGAGUUACUGGCGCUCGUGCAUCAGUGAGCAAUAAAGUUCAAACUCUCCUUGAGGAAAUUAAAGAGGUAACAGAAAAACCAGUAGCAGUAGGAUUUGGUAUAUCGAAACCCGAGCACGUGAAACAGGUGUCUAGCUGGGGGGCUGAUGGUAUCAUAGUUGGUAGUGCAAUGGUUAAGCUGUUGGGAGAAGCCCAGUCUCCUGAAGAAGGAUUGAAGGCACUCGAAAACUUCACCAAAUCCUUAAAAUCUGCACUCUCCUGAUAAAUUUUGAAGGUAUAACUUAGGCUGUUCCUUUCAUUUGUAAACAAAAGAUCAACUAGGCUCUGUUACUGAAGCCUGCUAGUGCCUAACACCCAUCUUUAAGUUUUACUUGAGAUUUCUUUUAGUUCUUUUAAAAGGACUGUCGGUUUAUAUUAUCGUAAGCAUAUUUUGUAGUGUUCCAUUGGUAAUGACUGGAUGAUGAUUGAGAGAAUAAUAUUUCAAAGCCUUAUUGCAUAA